GGCCACCGCACUCCAGCCUGGGCGACAGAGCAAGACUCCGUCUCAAAAAAAAAAAAAAUUAAAAAAAUUAGCCAGGCGUGGUUUCGCGCGCCUGUAAUCCCAGCUACUCCUUGAGAAAUCAGACAAAACCUGGCACCGGAGACCGAUUUUCUUCUGAAAUGCUUUCUCCAAAAUAUUUUUAAAACAAAAGGGGGAAAUUGGAAAGGAAAAUAUUUUGGGCCCCCUAAAUCACUAAGAUAAAGGGAAAAGUCAAUACGGGAACUGCUUAGGGCAAACCUUCCUCCUAUUCAAAGUCAUCCCCUGCUCGCUGAGAAGCAUGCAUAUCUUAUUGCCUCCUUUGGAAAGGCUCAUCAGAAACUCAGAAGAAUGCAACCGUUUGUCCCUCACCUACCCGUGACCUGGAAGCCGUCUCCUGGCUUUCAGUUGACCCACUUUUGCUUCAGGUUGUACCGGAUCAAACCAGUGUUCAUCUUACAUAUGUUGAUUGAUGUCUCCUGUCUCCCUAAAAUGUAUGAAACUGUCAGAUACAAUCAGUUUCUCUUCCAAGGUUUGGCAUGUUAACAUUCUUGUUUUUUGUUCUGGAACUCAACUUUCCUGUUCUCCAUGUCUCCUUGCCCUUAGUUACUGUAAACAACCUUCCCGUCAGUUCUAAUCAAUAACUCACAUCUGUUCCCUUGGUUACCUGCUCUGCACCCAUUUCUCCCUUCAAAACCACAGGUCCCACCGUUGUAACUCACAUCCCCCUUCCCCCUUCCUUAUCUGGGAAAAUAUUCACAAAUAGCCAACCGGGUCAGUUUAGAUCUUGAGGUCUGGCCCCAGCCCAUGCCAGAGGCAGGGAUUGCGUUAGGAAUAAAAACCCCUGCUUGCCUUUGUUCCCUCUGCUCCUGGGAUUGUGAGUGAUGCGAGCAGCACGCUUCUGCAGAGGUAAAUUGCGUUGCUGAGAAAACUUUCGCUUGAGUGCUGGUUUCACUUUGCUGCACCAAGCAUUUAUCUCCAGCAAAACCAAGCUGUGCUCUGACCACCUUGGGCAACUGUCCUCAGGACAUCCUGAAGCUGUGUCAUGCACAAGCAUCCCCAACCUUGGCAAAAUAAACUUUCUAAAUACUCUUAUCCCCAAUUGCUCAGGGAGACUGAUUUGAAUAAUCAUAAAACUCCGAGGCUGCACUCCAGCCUGGGCGACAGAGCAAGACUGUUUCAAAAAAUAAAAUAAAAUAAAAAGUUCCGAUCUCCCGCACAGCCGACUCUGCGUGAAUUACUCUUUCUCUGUUGCUAUUCCCCCCUCUUGAGACAUCGUCUCUGUCUAGGUAGCGGGCAAGGUGAACCCACUGAGCAGUUACAGAAUUGUCAUUAUAUUGCUUGCAAUUUUAUAUAUAUAUUAUGCACAAAUAGCUAUAACCUUGUAUACAAGGUUAAAUGCGAAUGUCCUCCUUGCAUGGUCAGAUCCCAGCGCAGGAAGGACUCACCCCCUACAAAGGGCUAGGCCAAAAUGGUCAUUCUGGCCUCAUCCAGCCUCACGUGAGAUCGCAAUCUCCUGUCACUCAGGGCCUGAGGGGGCGGGGCCUGAAGCCCCAUAGAAUCAGCGGCGCUGGGGUGGGGACCGUUUAGUCAAGCGCGCCCCCGGAAAGGAGAGGGCGGCUUCCGGGAUCCGGCUGGCGGGCACUUUGUCUCGCCUUCGCCACCAUAGGCUCUUUCUGUGAGUCACCGCUGCUACUUCGUGGCUCUGGGAGUCCCAGGUGGCUCUGCAGCGACCUCUGCCACCCUGUGACCUGCGGGUAUUGGGACAUCCCUAGCUGACGCCAGGACACCCGGGAAGCCGAGGAAUGGUGAGCGGACUGCGCCUGGCUUUCCGAAGCGGGAAGAGGGCCGAUUGAAACGAGCCAUGGGCUGCAUAACCUGCGGACCGAGUCGCCGUGGCGCAGCCGGGCCUCAGUCCCCUUCUGUGCAGGGCCGGGCGGCGCGGGCAGCGGGACCCCUGCGUCCUGUCUGUACCUGUGGGCGCCACUUCCGCCGGCCGGAGCCCUCUCGGGAACCCCGCGCCUCCCCAACCCAGGACUCCGUGGCUUUUGAGGAUGUGGCUGUGAACUUUACCCAGGAGGAAUGGGCUUUGCUAGAUUCUUCUCAGAAGAAUCUCUACAGGGAAGUGAUGCAGGAAACCUGCAGGAACCUGGCUUCUGUAGGAAACAAAUGGAAAGACCAGAAUAUUGAGGAUCACUUCGAAAAACCUGGGAAAGAUAUAAGAAAUCAUAUGGUACAGAGACUGUGUGAAAGCAAAGAAGGUAGUCAGUAUGGAGAAGUUGUCAGCCAAAUCCCAAAUCUUGAUCUGAAUGAGAACAUUUCUACUGGAUUAAAACAAUGUGAAUGCAGUAUUUGUGGAAAAGUCUUUGUACGUCUUUCCCUCCUUAACAGGCACGUUCUAGCUCACUCAGGCUACAAACCAUAUGGAGAGAAGCAAUAUAAAUGUGAACAGUGUGGGAAAUUCUUCGUUUCUGUUCCAGGUGUUAGAAGACACAUGAUAAUGCACAGUGGAAGUCCAGCUUAUAAAUGUACGAUAUGUGGGAAAGCUUUUUAUUUUCUCAAUUCAGUUGAAAGACAUCAGAGAACUCACACAGGAGAAAAACCCUAUAAAUGUAAACAAUGUGGUAAAGCGUUCACUGUUUCCGGUUCUUGUCUAAUACAUGAACGAACUCACACUGGAGAGAAACCCUACGAAUGUAAGGAAUGUGGAAAAACAUUCAGAUUCUCUUGUUCUUUUAAGACACAUGAAAGGACUCACACUGGAGAAAGACCCUAUAAAUGUACCAAAUGUGAUAAAGCCUUCAGCUGUUCCACUUCCCUUCGUUACCAUGGAAGCAUUCAUACUGGAGAGAGACCCUAUGAAUGUAAACAGUGUGGCAAAGCCUUUAGUCGUUUGAGUUCCCUUUGUAACCAUAGAAGUACUCAUACUGGAGAGAAACCCUAUGAAUGUAAACAAUGUGACCAAGCCUUCAGUCGCCUCAGUUCCCUUCACCUCCACGAAAGAAUUCAUACUGGAGAAAAACCCUAUGAAUGUAAGAGAUGCGGUAAAGCCUACACUCGUUCCAGUCACCUGACUCGCCAUGAAAGAAGUCAUGAUAUAGAGGUUGGGUGUAGUGGCUCAGCCCAUAAUCCUAGCACUUUGAGAGGCCAAGGUGUGUAUAUUGCUUGAGCCCAGGAGUUCAUAACCAGCCUGGAUUAAAACAGUGUGAAACAACCUGGGCAACAUGGUGAAACCCUGUCUCUACAACAAAUAAAAUAAUGCCGGGCGUGGUGGGUCACGCCAGCUACUCGGGAGGCUGAGGCAGGAGAAUGGCGUGAACCCGGGAGGCGGAGCUUGCAGUGAGCCGAGAUCGCAGCAGUGCACUCCAGCCUGGGUGACAGAGUGAGACUCCGUCUCAAAACAAAAAAAAAAUCACUGCUGGGCAUGGUGGCACAUUUCAGUUGUCUUAGUUCUUUUUCAAGGACAUAAAAAGCCACGGGGGGUGUGGGGGAUGCCCUGUGCAUGCGGCUCACGAGGUCAGGACAUCGAGACCAGCCUGGCCAACACGGUGAAACCUCGUCUCUACUAAAAAUACAAAAAGUAGCUGGGUGUGGUAGCAUAUGCUUGUAAUCCCAGCUACU